GGCUAUAAAUGAGAUAGAAGAAAGCACCUUUCCCACUCAAACAUCAGGAAAGAAAUGGCACCUAGCAUUCCAUCAGCUGCUUUCAUCGCGUCUAUUCUCUUUUUCUCUGCGGCCACUGUAACUGCAGACUUCGAUUUCUUCUAUUAUGUACUCAUGUGGCCAGGAGCGUAUUGUAAAAAAGAAGGAUGCUGCCUUCCCACAACAGGUAAACCAGAGCUGGACUUUUUAAUCAAGGGCAUGUAUCAGGCUAAAAAUUCGGGAGCGCUCGUCCCAAAAUGCAAUAUUCCUACUAAAUUCUACAUUAAUGAGGUUGGAAACCUUAUCAGCGACAUGUACGCGUAUUGGCCGAACAUCACGUGUCCAAGCAACAACGGUAUGGCCGGCUGGAAAAGUCUGUGGGAGCCGUACGGUAAUUGUAGCGGGCUGACCGAAAGGCAGUACUUUAACAGGACCUUGCAACUGCGGUCUACGGUCAAUUUGCUCUCCAAGCUGAGAAGGGCAGAUAUCCUGCCAAACGACAACGACUACAACCGAGAUUAUCUCCAUGCCGCCAUUAAUGAUGCAGUCGGAAAGAAAACGGCAUUGAAAUGCGUGGAGACGACGUCGUGGUGGAUUAUUAAAAAAUCUCAGCUAUCUGAGGUCUGGUUCUGUGUGGAUAAGAGUGGUACCACAAUCAUCGAUUGCCCAACCUAUCCAAAGUCCACAUGUGGGGACAAGGUCACAUUCAGUAAAUUCAGCUACGAUAUGUUGAAGGACGCUUCUUUAUUUUUCAACCCCAUCCAAAUGCCCACGUCACUAUCAGCAUGAUCUUGGCCGCUUAUCACCGUGUCUUUCGUUGCUCUCCAGUGUUAGGAAAUGCAGUGUGAUGUUGGAUUUUCUAGUGUAAGCUUUGUUGUAUGCACCGUGUAUGCUUAAUCUUGUUAGUCCAUGGAAUAAAAUAAAAAUUAGAAGGGACCUA